AUGACGUACAUAUUUUAUCAAUUGAUUUCCUUAUUUAUGUUGAAAAAUAUAUUUGCAAGUCCUGGUUAUUGUCUGAAUCUUCAUGCUUUUAAUGAUACAACAUUUGUUGGAAUUUUAAGGCGCUCCCUCAAUGGUUUAACACAUAGCAACCACAAUAUAUUAAAUAAACCAUCCAAAGAAAAAUUUCCAGUUAUUACUCAUGUAGACAAGCGAACAGAUCUCAAACUACUUGCUUGA